AUGGCGUUCAAGUCGUUCAAGUACAAGUUGUACGCCAAGGGCUACCACCACUCGACGGCGACUGCUGCGCAGUCGUCGACGAGUUUCUUCGACAACGGGUACUACUACUACCAGCAGAUGCGGAACAGGCAGGUGCUGCACCAUGUGGUGCCGGAGGAAGUCGGUGCGUCCACUGCGCUGCACCCCGCGGUGGUCGCGAACAACAACUUCAACAACCUCGAGUGUGUGCUGGCGCUGCACCACGACCACGACGACUCCAACGCUGUGAACGCUGCGAGCGCCGUGACGGCUAAUGUGGCCACCGGCGACGGUACAGACCUCACUCUCGGCGGGCGCAAGCACAAGAGCAAGAACAAGCGCAUGGUGGGUCUGUGCAAGAGGAACGACAACAGCAAGACUCAGUUCGUGCAGAAGAGAUUCAUUAGCAAUGCCACUAACAUCGAGAGCCGCGCCUCAGCGGCCCACUUCACACCAGCGGAGGCACUGCAAACCGCAGACCUGCUGGAGCUGGAGAAGGAAUACAACUGGGAGAAGGACACCGACGAUGACUUGAACCCACAGACUUACCUGAGCACACACAUAGACCAGAUCAACAAACACUUCGUAAAGGGCAAUUACAACAUCAUAAACGCCCUCUAUAAGUCCCUGAAGCGCAACGGCAUCGCCAUCCAGGACCGCGAAGUCCUCACAAAAGUGCUGAUCUCUUUGGCACGCAGAGAAAUGGACGAUCUUGAUAUAGACAACAAGGUCUUCGAGCUCUUGAGUUGCUACCAGGACAUCAUCACUAAUAGAAUUAAGCCAAAUUUAGAGAUUUACAACAUAGUGCUAGAGACGUUAUUCAAGAGCUCUAUAGUGGCCUUCAAGAACAAAAAUGGAAACGGUAUCGACUUCUACAAGAUCGGUAGUGAACUGCUACAGACAAUAAUGGCUGCAAAGGACAUGAACCUAUCUAACGACGUCAUAAACUACUGUUUGCUAUCGACAAACUUGUACCCAUCCUUCAUUCAAUUAUCCGCUUUGCAACAGUACAUCAAUAUAUUACCAAACUACAAGAAGGACUCCUUUUAUUACAUUUCGUGUUUAUCUUACGCACGCCUGAAUAACGAUUUGGACUCGAUCAAGAAACUAUACGAAGACUACAGGCAGUUGUUGAUUGACGACCCAACUGACAUGUCAAUCCGUGAAGAUCAAUACAAAGUAUACUCAAUGUUUGUUUCCGGCUUAGUCGAAUGUGGUGAACUGAACUUGGCUUCCAAGUUCUUGGAAACAUUCAUUUCUAAGAUUAGAGCCGAAAAUGGUUCAGCUGAAAAUAUCUCUACUAUGCUGUCCACCUUUAUAAUUUCAGUCAGUAAGAUCGACUGCAACAAAGCCCACAUUUUAUGGUCAAAAUUCAACAGAUUGUCCUGGGUCCCAGAAUUUUCUUAUGAGUUUUAUUUGACUCUGCUGGCUAAUUGCUUUCAGGACUGGGGUCUAACAAAGAAGGUUUACGAAUAUAUGUUCCCAAUGAGGAGAGUGUUCAAGGAAAAUAGGGAAAACUUAUCAGAAUACUUAUUGUACCCUAUGGGCCUAGAAUCCGUAUUAAACUCAUUGAUGGAUUUUGCUCUGCAAUUAAAAGACACCCAAAUUGUAUUAAAACUUCUGGAAGAGGCCAUUGUUAAGGGAUUUACUUUUGAAACAGGUAUUUACCCAUUCAUUUUUGCUUACUUGAAAGAAGUCAAAUGUCCAGAAGAUUAUCUAUUACGUUUAAUCCAAAACCAAGGUGAGCUACUACUAAAAUCGGAGAAACCUGAAGAUGUGUUCAUGUUCUUUAAUGCGAUUGCAGAUAAUUUUGCUUCUCAAAGCUUGAAGAGUGCGAUCACAGAAAUGGAUCUGUUCACAGAAUCCUGCCGCAACUUUCACUUGGUUGACUCUAAUAAAAUUAAUUUCCAAGGCUUUUUAUCUAUAUUUGAAAACUCUUGGAAUUGUCCAAAAACUCACUCUAACUAUGCCAAGCUAAUACAGUUGCACGCCAUUUUAGUUACAAGACUUCUUGACUUCGAAACUUUCCCUUUGGUAGAGCAUAAUGAACACUUAUCCCAACUUAAGUUGAGAGUUAUCGAAAAGUUUCAAACUUUAUGUACAAACUACAUGAAUUUGAAUUUUGAUCCCAACCAUAUCAGCGAAACGACAUGCGAAGCACUAAGAUUAAUUGAUGCUCCUGAAAACCUAAUCAACUACUUCUCUCAUCCUGGUGAUUGGGACAAGUCCUACCCACUAUCCUUAGGGUCAAUGAUUAGAGUAUCUCCAUCGACAGGAAUCAAAGAGUACAAAAAGCUAUUGGACGAUGGCUAUUGUUUCGAUUAUGAUACUUACAAGACUUUAUUAUCAAAUAACAUGUCUGAUCUACAUAUUUGCAGACAGAUCUUAAAGCAAUUACCAAUUGAUGAAGUAGAUGAAUGCAAAUACAUCUCCAACAUCCUUGCAUUCCACGCAACCUCAACCGAAUUAACCAACUUAUUAUUGACUGACGAGAAAUCCAUCAAAUAUAUCCUACCAAAUAUGAGAGACUCAUCAAUGGUGAACUUCAUUAAAAAUUGUGGUAAUAUUGAAGUAGUUGUUAAUAGAAUCAACUUCCCUGAAAAAUUCAGAGGCAUUGCAGUUCAAGCAGAACGUAAAGAAACUAUCAAAUACAUAUAUGGUCAAUUGUUUAAAGAAAAAUGUUACCAAGAAAUUAUUGAGUAUAAUAAAUCAUGUCCUGUUUUGGAUUUGAACGUUCUCUUAAAGUCAUUUAUAAGGACUGGCGAUUAUGGAUCAUUUUUGGCACUUUUCGAUAAAUACAGAGAUACCUUGGGAUCUAAUGGCCUUGAUCUACAAGUCGAAUAUUUGAUCAACAAUGGUCAAAUUGAUAGUGCGAUCGAAGUGGUUCGCUCUAGCAAUUUGCGCACUCCCCAUAAGACAAUGGACCUCUUCAGUUUUGCAAAUUUCUUAAAGAGUUUUGAGUGCGAUGUAGCUAUGCAUAACGCACCUGAGAAUACCUUACAGUUAGCUAAUAUUUUAUCUACUCAGAACUCAUUUGCUGGAAUUCUAUCUGUGUUUGAUAUGGUUAGAAGUUCUGGUAAGCUACAAAGCAGCGAAAUCAAUCUUCCAAGUGUAAAAAAUGAGCUUUUGUCUCAAAUGUUCAAUAAUUUGGAUGAUGCAGUUUCCUUUUUUGGAAAUAUAGAUGGUAGCAUUCAAGAAGUUUUUAGAACUAAACUACAAAGUUUAUUGAGGUUCAAGGCUUAUUUAAAAUUGCCGAUUUUGUCAAAUCGUCAAAUUCACCAGUUGGUUAGCAUUUGGAGCGCAAUUGAUCCAUUUGCCAUUGAUGCACUAUUCAACAACAUUGUCGAAUCCUUUUAUCUGGAUGAUAAGGUAAGAAUUUUAUAUUUAAACGAAGGCAUUACUUAUCCUUUCAAUAUGAAUGAAUUGAAUUCAAUAAUUGACCAGAUCGCCUUUUCUUUUGCAGACAGAAAUGAUCAAGAAAACGUCCAAAAGGCAAGAACUUUUAAGAUAUUCCUAGAAACAAAUUAUAUUCCCUCCACUAUCAAAUUCAAAGAAAAUAUCGCAUAUUCAUGA